CUGAGCAGCCGCAGGUCUGAAGAAAGGGCGGAGAGCUGCAAAGGCGGCGGGGCUGGAGGUGGAGCCCCGGAGGCUGCAAGGACCCCGGAGCCCUAGGGCGGGGCUGCGGACAGCUUGGGGUGGCGUGGCGCGCGCACUGAGCUGGCUCUGCAGCAGGUGAGCGGUGAGCCAGGCCAAUGGCGGUGACUGCGGCCCUCUCUGCUGCCGCUGCGGCGGCGGCCCUGUCUGGCCUGGCAGUGCGACUGUCGCGUUGGGCGGCGACGCGCAGCUCCUACAGUGCGUUCUGCAAGGGGCUCACGCGCACGCUGCUCACCUUCUUCGACCUGGCCUGGCGCCUGCGCGUGAACUUC